UCCAUUCUCUAAAACCCUUUGCCCAAAACCCUCGCCAUUUCCUCUGCGCACAGCAAUGGCGGCAGAAACACAAUGAACACUUGGUUGCAUCCAAACUCAGUUUAUCCAGCGCCCAUACUCCUCGACUCGGCUGAAUCACACGCGAAUUUGGAAAACCGGCUGCCAUUUCUCUGUCUUCGAAGCUUUUUCGAACAUCCAUCAACAAACGAUUAAUUCCGUCGCCCAUAGUUCUCGUUUUCAUGCACGCCAUUGAUACAGCGAAGCAGAGGCUUCACAUUGAGGGGGAGAGGCACAUUUUCCGGCUCUAUGAUUAUAAGUGCCGUUUCAACCUCCAUCAGAAAUGUUGAGGGUGUCUUCAUCAUUUGGAACAUGGAAGCAUAAUCGUUGGAAAGCUAGUUUGACACUAUUUCCGACUAUAUUUAAAAGUUUACAUACUGAAAACUCCAGUAUCAUUUCUACCAAUAUUUGUAUAAGUCGUCAUGUAAGAAAUGGUCGUCUUGAUCUUGCUCAAACUCUGUUCAAUGAAAUGCCGGUAAGAAGUAUUGUCUCAUGGAAUGUCAUGAUUUCUGGAUACUCCAAAUUAGGACAGUACGGUGAAGCUCUCAAUCUGGCUUCAAAGAUGCAUUGCAACAAUGUAAAAUUUAAUGAGAAGACUUUUUCUACUUUGUUGAGUAGUUGUGCCCAUUCAAGGUGUACAUUUGAGGGAAAACAACUUCAUUGUUUGGUUUUGAAAUCUGGGUUGCAGAUUUUUGAGCUUGUGGGAAGUGCAUUGUUGUAUUUAUAUGCGAACAUCUAUGACAUCACUGGAGCUAAGCAGGUUUUUGACGAGUUGCAUAAUAAGAAUGGUUUGUUAUGGAGCUUGAUGCUUGUGGGGUAUGUGAAAUGCAAUUUUAUGGACGAUGCUUUUGAUCUGUUUACAAAAAUUCCGAAACGAGAUGUGGUGGCAUGGACUACAUUGAUAUCGGGGUAUGCAAGAAGUGAGAACAACUGCAAGAGGGCAUUGGAAUUAUUCUGCUACAUGAGGAUGAAUGGUGAGGUGGAGCCUAAUGAGUUCACUUUUGAUUGUGUUGUGAGAGCUUGUGGGAGACUGAGAGAUUUGAGUCAGGGGAAGGUUGUUCAUGGGAUUUUGACUAAAUAUGGACUCCAUUUCGAUCAUUCAAUUUGUGGUGCACUGAUUUUGUUUUAUUGUCAGUGUGAAGCUAUUGACAAUGCCAAGGCAGUUUAUGAUAGUAUGGAAAGACCAUGUUUAAAUGCUUCAAAUUCACUUCUUGAGGGACUGAUAUUAGCAGGAAGAUUUAACGAUGCUGAGGAGAUUUUUAACAAACUAAGAGAAAAAAAUCCAGUUUCAUAUAAUUUGAUGCUUAAAGGGUAUGCAAUCAGCAGCAGAAUUGAAGAAUCAAAGAGAUUAUUUGAAAGAAUGACCCAUAAAACUACAAUUUCAACUAACACUAUGAUAUCCGUGUACUCCAGGAAUGGUGAAAUUGAAAAAGCUUUGGAAUUGUUUGAGUCAAUGAAAGGUGAAGGAAAUCCUGUGACCUGGAAUUCAAUGAUAUCAGGCUAUAUUCAAAAUCAUCAGCAUGAAAAAGCUUUGAAACUUUAUCAAACCAUGUGUAGAACAUCAGUCGAGCGUUCUAGAUCGACAUUCUCUGCUCUGCUUCAAGCAUGCACAUGCCUAGGAUCUAUUCAAUUGGGUCGAUCACUCCAUGGCCAUGCAAUCAAGACAGCCUUUGACUCUAACGUUUAUGUUGGAACAUCACUCAUAGAUAUGUACUCAAAAUGUGGGAGCAUCUAUGAUGCUAAAACCUCGUUCACCAGUAUCUACUCCCCUAAUGUAGCAGCUUUUACCGCCCUAAUCAAUGGAUAUGUGCAACACGGGCUUGGGAUUGAAGCAUUCUUAGUCUUCGAGGACAUGUUAAAGUGCAAAGUUGUGCCAAAUGCAGCUACUCUUUUGGGGAUUCUUUCUGCAUGUAGUCAUGCUGGUAUGGUAAAUGAAGGAGUGACACUUUUCCAAUCAAUGGAAAAAUGUUAUGGUGUGAUUCCAAAUUUAGAGCACUAUGCAUGUGUGGUGGAUCUUCUCGGUCGAUCAGGACGUCUGUGUGAAGCUGAAGAAUUUAUCAGAAACAUGCCAAUUGAAGCUGACGGGGUGAUUUGGGGAGCUCUGCUAAAUGCUUGUUGGUUCUGGAUGGACUUGGAAUUGGGUGAGAGUGUGGCUAAGAAGAUCCUUAGUUUGGAUCCCAAAGCAAUAUCUGCCUAUGUUAUUCUGUCUAAUAUAUAUGCUAUAUUAGGCAAGUGGGUUGAGAAGAUCAAUGUGAGGAGGCGAUUGAGGAGCUUAAAAGUGAAAAAGGAUCGUGGAUGUAGUUGGAUCGAUGUAAAUAAUAGAACUCAUGUAUUCUCUGUAGAAGAUAGAUCCCAUCCUAACUGUAAUGCAAUUUAUGCAACUUUGGAGCAUCUGUUAGCAAAUGUAUACUCUAUAGCUCAAUUUGACUAUGUUCCCAAGUCAAUUUCGGAGGAUUCGUUUUCGAAUUCAAUACAAUCCCUUUGAUUAGCUCCUUAUAUAUAUAUAUUUUCUUCAUUCAAUCACCUCGAGAACAUG